AUGGGAUCCCACGCUCUUCCAUACAUUGAGACCAAGCCUAAGCUGAUCUUCUUCACCGACUUUGACGGGACAAUUACCGUUGAUGACAGCAAUGACUUCAUGAUCGACAACCUUGGCUUCGGUAAGGAAAAGCGCCUGGUGUUGAACGACCAGGUCCUCGACGAGACCCUGAGUUUCCGUGAGGCCUUCCGCCAGAUGCUGGGGAGUAUCAAGACCCCAUACGACGAGUGUAUCCAAAUACUGUUGAAGAACAUGAAGCUGGACCCUUAUUUUGAGGAAUUCUACUACUGGGCCAAGGAUAACAAUGUCCCCAUUGUCAUCUUGUCAUCGGGAAUGCACCCCAUCAUCAGUGCUCUGUUGGAGAAAUUCCUUGGUCACAAGCCGGCCAACCACCUUACUAUCAUUGCCAACGAGCCCGAGAGCCGCGAUGGCAAGGAUAUCAACAGCGAGGGUGGCUGGCAGAUCAAGUACCACGAUGACAGCCACUUCGGUCACGACAAGUCCCUGGAAAUCAAGCCUUACGCCGCGUUGCCAGACGGAGAGCGCCCGAUUCUCCUUUACGCUGGAGACGGUGUUUCUGACCUGUCUGCUGCUGCUGAGACUGAUCUUCUCUUUGCGAAGAAGGGCAAAGGUAUUCAUUCGGAUCUUGUGGCUGCAUCAUUGGAAGACAUUGCUAAUCCUGUCGCAGAUUUGGUGACCUAUUGCCAGCGCAGAGGUAUGCCUUACACCACCUUCGAGAACUGGUCUACUAUCCUCGAAUCUACGAAAGAGAUUUUGAGCGGUAAGGUGACUGCUGGUGAUGUGGCUGCCAACGCCCAGUAG